AUGGACGCAGCAUCAAUCGAGGAGAUCAACAAGGUCCGGCGGGCGAUGGGCAUGAAGCCCCUGCCCGUUCCCGGAGCAGCUCCGCCACCAAAAGAGGCGACACCCGAAGUCGAAAUCGGCGACGACGGCAAGCCGCUCAGCACCCUCGAGACUCGCGAAGCCGCCGGGUACGAAAACUUCAAGAAGGCUCAAGAAGCCGAGGAGGCAAGGAGGAAGCGCGAAGCGAAAGCAGCGGCUAUCAAGAAGGCUCGCGAGCUGGCGCAACGAAAUGCCGUUAUUGAGGGCAAGGGAUUGGCCGACGACGACGAAGAAGUGGACGUCAAGUCAUGGCUGAAGAAUCAAAAGAAGCGUCAAAAAAAGAUCGAGGCCGCGCGAAAGGCCGAGGAGGAGAAGGCGGUCGCCGCAGCAGCCAAGGCUGCCGAACACACAACUGCCGACCUGGCUGGCGUCAAGGUCGCGCAUGACAUGGCCGCCUUUCUCGAUGGAGACGAGCAGGUUCUUACCCUCAAGGACACGGGCGUUUUGGAGAACGAGGAAGAAGGGGAUGAGCUUGAGAAUCUUGCUCUGCGGGAGCAAGAGAAGCUGCAGGAGAGGCUCGAUCUCAAGAAGAAGCGACCUGUCUACGACCCUAACGACGUCGACGAGACCGGGGAGAUUGGCUUAUUGUCAAAGUACGACGAGGAGAUCCACGGGAAAAAGAAGAAAGCCUUCACCUUGGAUUCUGCAGUUGCUACGACAGAGCUGGCAGAGAUCCUCGAGGCGCCAGUUCAAAAGAGGAAGAACCAGGCGGUGGACCUUGAUGUUCUUGAAGACGCACCGGCUCCCACUUCAGACUAUCUUGAUCCUUCCGAAGUCAAGGUAAAGAAACCGAAAAAGAAGAAGUCGAAUUCGACAAGACGUCGCCGGGAAGAUGAUGACGAUGUGCUGUUCCAAGGGGAUACGGUAAAUGGCGACGAACCUGCCCAUGAGAUGGACGUCGAUUCAGGACCGACUGCAUUUACCAAGAAGAGGAAAGUGCCAGUGGAUGACAACUUUGUGGAUGACGAAGAUUUGCAGUCAACUCUGGCCCUCCAAAGGAGGGAGGCGCUCAAGAAGCGGAAGAAGAUGCGACCAGAAGAUAUCGCAAAGCAACUUCGCGAGGAAGCCGAGAAUCUAGAAAUGGAGACAGAAGAAGACAAGGGCCUUGUCAUGGACGAGAUCAGCCGAUUCGUCGAUGGCCUGCGCGCUGACCCAGAAGAAGACCGCAAGCCACGCAAGCCUAGGCCUGAAGGAGCAGUGACGACCAUGCAAGACGAGUCCGCCUCGGAAGACGAAGAAAUGCACGACGCCGACCAACGCCCGUCCCGCGACACCUCACCCCUCGUCGAAGUCCCCGCGAGCGGUGUCGAGGAGGAAAAAACGGUUGCCCAAGGCAUGGGUGCCACGCUCGCGCUCCUCCGCGACCGGCACCUGAUUGAAGAAGGCAAGGGAGCCGAGCUCAACGAAAAGUUCCGCCAGCGCCAGCGCUUCCUUAACGAGCUGCGCCGGCGCAUGGAUCUCUUCGACCAAGAAACCCGCGCCCAGCGCGAGCGGGACCGCGCCAGCGGGCGCCUCGACCGCAUGUCGGCGCGCGAGCGUGAGGAGUGGCAGCGGCAGCAGAACACGCUCCGCGAGCAGCACCAGGCGCGCGUCAUCGACGCGCUGUUCCGAGAGGGCUACCGGCCCGACGUCGAGCUCAAGUAUGUCGACGGGGACGGGCGCAGCCUGGACGCCAAGGAGGCCUUCAAGGAGCUCUCGCACCAGUUCCACGGCAAGGGGAGCGGCAAGGGCAAGACGGACAAGAAGCUCAAGAAGCUGGCCGAGGAGAAGAGGCGGAUGGCGCAGAGUAUGCUGGAUGCCAGCCAGAAUGUCGGCAUGAGCACGGCCGCGUCGCACCAGACCAAGAAGAGGAGGGAGGCGGGCGUGCGGUUGGCUUAA